AUGGAGAUGGGCCAACCAACGCCGUUUAGCCAUCCGCAUCUCUUUCCACAGGUCGAGGGCGUGGAGGACCAGGUGACGCCGUGCAUUACCCGCGCCGAGUACGCCGAUCGGGUGGCGGCGCUGGCGAGCAAGCUUCCGGCGCGGUCGGCGGCGGUCUUCCCGGCCGCGCCCGUGCCCAUCAUGUCCAACGACGUGCCAUACCGGUACCGGCAGAACUCGGACUUGCUUUAUCUGUGCGGCUUUGAGGAGCCGCACGCCGCGCUCAUGGUCCACGCCUCGGGCGAGUCCAUCCUGUUUGUGGCCGAGAAGGAUCCGGACCGCGAGCUGUGGGACGGGCCGCGGUCGGGCGUUGACGCGGCGGCCGCCUACUUUGCCGUCACGGGCACUGCGCCCGUGAGCUCGGUCGCCGACGCCUGCCGCGCAGUCAUCGACGCCGGCGGUGAGCUGCUGGUGGCCAAGGGCCCGACUCGCGACGCCAGCGUUGUCGGCAACGCAGCCUCGCGUGCAUCCGAGGCCGAUCCCACCUCGCUUGUCGAGCGCAUGCGGGUGUUCAAGUCCAACGGUGAGCUGCAGAUCAUGGCCAAUGCCGCUCGGAUCACCUCGCUCGCCUUUGGUGCCGUCGCCGAGCGCCUCGGCUCAGGCACAGUCUACUCGGAGCGCGACGUCGACGCCCUGCUCGAGGUCGUCACCCGCUCGCGCUUUGGCGACCGCCUUGCCUACCCGCCUGUUGUUGCCUCGGGCUCCCGUGCCACCAUCCUGCACUACGUCGCCAACAACCGCCUCCUGCAGCCCGGUGAGCUGCUGCUCAUCGACGCUGGCGCCGAGUACUGCGGCUACGCCUGCGACGUGACCCGGACGUACCCGAUCUCCGGCAAGUUUUCGGCGCCGCAGGCCCUCGAGGCUGUCCUCGAUGCCGCCGACACCCAGCGAGACAAGUACGACUCGCUCGCCAAGCUCGGCGGCAUGGCGACUCGCGCCAUGACCGACGCCCUCGUCGAGACCAAGAUCGUCGAGUCGCGUGGCGACGCCAAGCGUGCUGUCGACGUCCUCUACCCGCACUCGAUCGGCCACCUUCUCGGCAUGGACACCCACGACACGCCGACGGCUCGCCACACCCCGUUCGGCCCGGGCAUGGUCUUUACCGUCGAGCCUGGCCUCUACUUUGGCGCACACGCGCUGCAGCUCCUCUACGACGAGUGUGGCAUCGCCAUCGACCCGGCCUUUGCAGGCAUUGGCGUCCGCAUCGAAGAUAACGUCGCCAUCGACGGCGCAACCCUCGACCGGCGCCUCCUCACCGCGAGCAUCCCCAAGGCCCGUGCUGACAUCGAGGCCGGCAUGGCCGCCGCCAAGGCCGCCGCAUCGGUCAGCAGCCCAUCGUAG